UUUUGUCUAAAUUUUAUUUGAAGCGAUGGUUCUCACUCUGUAUGUUUCACAGACGGUAAGUUAUUCAGCCAGCAUGAUAGUAAAAGUAAUUUUGCAACCUGGAUAGCACAGGGACCUGGAUAGUCACAGAGUUGCUAAGAGCAACUCUCAGAAGAAAAUUAGUUAUUUAUCAUAUAAUCUUGCUAAAAUUUUUGCACCUGUACACUGAUGAGCACGUAGAUCGAAAGUAAAUGAUCGGUGUAAGUGCUGAUACUAAUCGAUACCCGUUCGAAACGCUGUAUAAUAUCGAUGCAUCAGUAUUAUCCAGUGCUAUUAACGAGUAUUAUCUACCUUGUAAAUCUUCUAUAAUGCUGUACAUAGAAUGUAGCACAUUAAUUUCAACUUGUAGCGAACAGACACUAUUAGGGUAACUGAGCUUCAACAUUUUCAGAGUGUUGAGCAAUCGAAAUUACCCGUCGAUCGAACGUCUGCAAAGAGGAAAGUGAAAAAGUAUAUGAAGACAGAAAAAGAUCCUAAAAAAAAAUAUCAAAAGGUCACGAAACAGAUUAAUAUUAAAAAUUCGAUUAACACUUUAAUCAGUAAUUCUAAAACGAUGGAUACCGAAGGACAGAAAAAGAGUGGUACCAAAAUGGCGGCGCUGAAACGUCGGAAACGUUCGAAUAAAAGAGUUUCAAGAUCAGACAAAUUCUAUCGUCAUCCAAAUUUAAGUUUCGAGGAGCAACGAAAACGGAUCAAUGACACUUUUCAAGAAGAAAAUACGAACAUAAAUUUUGAGAAUAGAUUGAAUAUACUUGGGGCGUUUAAUUCCUCGAAUCACGAAAUUCCCUCCGAAACAAAGAAAUACAUCCCCGUUUUCACGAAAUGCGACACCGCUGAAAAUGCGGUCAAAACGAAAGAAAAUUUGAAGAACACCGGCCAUAAAAAUGAUUCCACGUGUCAGGUUUCGGAUGAAAGCAAAUCGAAGAAUUUGGUCGAACAACGAAAUAAAACCUACAUAAACAUACGGGAUCAUCAGAGAAAUAUCGAGCAAACAACGGAUAUACCGGAAUACGAUCCGAAUAAAAUUCCGUACGUGGAUGUGCCGGAUUAUUCGGACAUAAGGGAGGAAAGCCUGGAUGAGGAGGAUCGUAGGAAUAAAAAAAAGAAAAGCUUUGAUUUUCUUUCUAAAUCAUAUACUGAUCGGGAGCAUAAUUUGUCAAAUAAGAGUGAGUCAAAAAUAAUGAAAGGUGCAGAAGAGUCUUCCAAAUCUUUGGAUGUCGGAUCUGAAGAAAUUGAUGAAGAUAAAUCGUCGAAGAACACGAAACAGAAUGAAUCUUCAAGAAAUAAUAUGGAUAAUGAUUUUAAUAGUGAUUAUGAGUUACCUAAAAACUUCAAAGACCUAUUAAAAUCGUUGAACAUAAACGAACCUGAAGAAGACGAUGAAGAUAAAUCAGGAGAUUGGAAAGAAGACUUGAAUUAUAAAAAUAGUUCAAACUUGAAAUAUGAGCCUUCUAAGUCCUCCAAAAUCAAUGAUUACGAGGGGAAUCCUCCUCACACAGUUACGACAGAAAGCAAACAGUUACAGGAACCGAAUGCUAAACAUAAAAAAUUGAUGACAGAAGAGAAAUCAAAAGAAGAGUUAGGCGAAACAGAGAAGUCCGGGAAUCCCAUAAUUUUCGACAUAAACGAGUACAGGAAGCCGUUCGAUCUAGACGAAUUUCUUAAGGACGAUCCGAUAAUGAAAAAGUUGGAGUCGCUCGAAAAGGAGACGUUGUCCAAGUACGGAAAGAACGGGAAACGGGUUCCAGGUGACUUUAACGAAAGUGAUAAUGCGUUCGAGAAACGAUCGGGCUCCACGGAACGAGAGGAUUAUACGUCAAAAUGGAGGCGAGAUUUCGAAUGGGACGAUACGAAGAAACCUCGAAACAAGGUGAUCCAAGGGUCGAAAGAUCGUGGAGAAUCGAAACUAUUACGAUUCUUGUUUAAAGACAACGAGCAGGAUUCGAAGUCCGAGUUCGAUGAUGAAUUUCCCACGAAAUAUUCCAUGGAUGCGACGAAUGUGCAAAAGGACGAAAAAGGAAUUUCAAGGUUGGAAAAUGAAGGAAUAGAAAGUGGAGAUGAGACGGGAUUCAAAAAUUUUUGGUCCUUGGGGGAUGAAUUUCUGAGCAGGAAAACUGACAUGGAAGCGCAAGAACGGAAGUAGAUUUAUGAGCUUACGUUGACUAAUGUUAAUUAAUGUAAUAAUUAAUGUGCCGUACUAUGUAUGUCGUUUGAACUGUUACCGUUUAUUCACUCUGUUUAUUGUAACACACUGUUGUAUGCACGGAGUAAAGUAAAUGUACCCAUUAGUGAAUGUUGCUUAAAAACAAAAUA